UGGUUUGGUUUUGGUUCCAGUGCAUGAUUGGUUCUGUCCUGCACCCAAAAACCUGGGACUGAUCAUGAUUGGUUUGGUUCUGAGUUUAAGGCUAACUAGAACCAAAGCAACCCAUGUGCACGCCUAAUCAUAUUUAUGCCAAUGGUAGUCAUCUUCACCUUUAUCCCAAUUAUUUAACAUUUCUUCAGUCAUGGAAUUCUUCUAAUUGUCUUUCAGAGAAGCCAUCACUGGAUGAGCAGCAGUACGACAUGAAGGCAAACUAUGGUACUAAGACCUUAGGCAAAUCACAGAGAUACAACCAUCUUCGAAAAUCAUUUGCCAUAGAAGAAGAUGACUUUGAAGAAGAGUCAUCGGCUGCGAUUUCUCAGCUCUUCCAUGGCUUCUUUACCAUUGGUACUCUUGGUUCAGACACAGUCAUCGCUGACCCAUCAUCAACACCAACAUUCGCCAUCUCUGUUGAGAACAUAACUGAAAAAGAAACAGAAGUAACAGAGCAUGAUUUGAAGCUGAUUAAUGAUGAGUUGGAGAAGGUGCUAGGAGUUGAAGGUAAAGAAGAUGGUUGCAAUGACUCAUCUGGGGAGAAACAGUCAUGUUAGCACCAUUACACUGAGUGGCAAGACAUUGGAAGGCACAGAGACCAGUGGGAACAGAACAACAAUGUGUCCACUCCAGGGCUAUCUGCUUGGGUCAGCAAUUGAGUUGCCAGAAACAAAGAAGGAACAUAGAACAUCACUUGGGGAGCUGUUUCAGAGGACAAAAAUGACAGAGGAAAAUUCUGUCGCUAAAUGCGAGAGCGGAGAAAAGAAGGCAGACAAGGAAACAAAUAAAUCUGCUAUACGUCUCAUGAAAAAGAUACUGAAGAAAAGAAUGGUCCAUGAUUCCUCUCGGACCUCCACCACAGUGACUGGGGGAAAUGUUAUCUCUGCUUCAAUGGAGACGAAACUGCAUAAGAUCCUCCACAUGUUCCACAAGAAAGUCUAUCCUGAAAACUCAACUUCUGCAUGGAAAUCAGAUAAGCCCCACAAGAAUGAACCAAAGAACAACAUCACCUGUGAGGAGGGGUACUAUGACGGAGAUUAUAUGCACCCAGAUAGUUCUGAUAAAGACAGUGAUAAUCUGGCAGAAUUAUAUUCCAAUAGUGAUACCUCUUCCUAUGGAGAACCAGAACAAAAAGGUUGUAGCAAUAGAUGUUGCAAUCGUAACAACCUCAACACUGAAUCUAAUUAUUUGAAGACUAUUGUUGAAAUGAAUGGUCUUUCGACCGGCCCCAGUAUUAAUGUUCUUACUGACGAACAAAAAUUUGUUUUAAAUCUCAUUGAUCAAAUUAAAGAUCAAGAAUUAAAACUUAAAAUGCUUGAAGCCUAUCAAAAGACAUAA